AUGCGUUAUGUUGAUUUAAUUUUCAGUGACAAGAAGCAGGUGGGCGAGACGCGGAUUAUCUAUCUAUCUAUCUAUCUAUCUAUCUAUCUAUCUAUCUAUCUAUCUAUCUAUCUACGAACCUUCAUCUUUUCAUAUCUAUCUAUCUAUCUAUCUAUCUAUCUAUCUAUCUAUCUAUCUAUCUAUCUACGAACCUUCAUCUUUUCAUAUCUAUUUAUCUAUUUAUCUAUCUAUCUAUCUACGAACCUUUAUCUUUUCAUAUCUAUCUAUCUAUCUAUCUAUCUAUCUAUCUAUCUAUCUAUCUAUCUAAUUGCUCAUUAUCUCUCUCACACACUCUCUCUCUUUUUCAAUCUAUCUAUUAGUCUAUCUACGAACCUUCAUUUAUUCAUUAUCUAUCUGUUCAUUAUCGCUCUUUACCUAUCUAUCUAUAAGUCUAUUCACGAACCUUCAUCGUUUCAUAUCUAUCUAUCUAUCUAUCUAUCUAUCUAUCUAUCUAUCUGUUGUGUCAAGUUUCAACACUAUCUAUCUAUCUAUCUAUCUAUCUAUCUAUCUAUCUAUCUGUUCAAUAUAUUUCCAUCUAUCUUCAUCAGUUCUUAUCAAUAUAUCCAUGUUCAGUCUUUCUCUCUUCCUCCCACGCCCCCUCUCUCUCUCUCUAUCCAUCUAUCUAUGAACCUGUUCUAA